CGGCGGCGGGGUGCGUGUGUGCGAGUGUGCGUGCGGGUUUAGGGGGGGUGGGGGCUGUGUCUGAACCAGUUAGGAAGAAUGACUCUGGAGUCCAUCAUGGCGUGCUGCCUGAGCGAGGAAGCCAAGGAAGCCCGGCGGAUCAACGACGAGAUCGAGCGGCAGCUGCGUCGGGACAAGCGGGACGCCCGCCGCGAGCUGAAGCUGCUGCUGCUGGGCACAGGAGAGAGUGGCAAAAGCACAUUUAUCAAGCAGAUGAGAAUCAUUCAUGGAUCAGGUUACUCUGAUGAAGACAAAAGGGGCUUUACAAAACUGGUGUACCAGAAUAUAUUUACAGCAAUGCAGGCCAUGAUCAAGGCCAUGGAUACCCUCAAAAUCCCAUACAAGUGUGAAAAUAACAAGGUUCAUGCACUAUUAGUUCGAGAAGUUGAUGUAGAGAAGGUGUCAAGUUUUGAGAACCCGUAUGUAGAUGCAAUAAGAAGCUUAUGGAAUGACCCUGGAAUUCAGGAGUGUUACGAUAGACGACGGGAAUAUCAGUUAUCAGAUUCAACUAAAUACUAUCUUAAUGACUUGGACCGCAUAGCAGAUUCCACCUAUCUGCCAACCCAGCAGGACGUACUCAGAGUUCGAGUCCCAACAACAGGGAUCAUUGAAUAUCCAUUCGACUUACAAAGCGUCAUUUUCAGAAUGGUGGAUGUAGGAGGCCAGCGAUCAGAAAGAAGAAAAUGGAUACAUUGCUUUGAAAAUGUCACAUCUAUCAUGUUCCUAGUAGCUCUUAGUGAAUAUGAUCAAGUGCUUGUGGAGUCAGAUAAUGAGAAUCGAAUGGAAGAAAGCAAAGCACUCUUUAGGACAAUUAUCACAUAUCCGUGGUUCCAGAACUCUUCAGUUAUUCUGUUCUUAAAUAAAAAAGAUCUACUAGAGGAGAAAAUUAUGUACUCCCAUCUAGUUGAUUAUUUUCCAGAGUAUGAUGGACCACAGCGGGAUGCACAGGCAGCACGAGAGUUCAUCCUGAAGAUGUUCGUAGACCUGAAUCCAGACAGUGAUAAAAUUAUCUACUCUCACUUCACAUGUGCUACAGACACAGAGAACAUCCGCUUCGUCUUUGCUGCUGUCAAGGACACAAUCCUACAGUUAAACCUGAAGGAGUACAACCUGGUCUAACUGUACCUGGGGGCUCCUCCAAAAUCAACUUUCCGUGAUUGAAGAUACACAAGAGGGACUGUAUUAUAAUCUGUGAAAACAAUUUGCAUAAUACUAAUUUAUUGCCGGCCUGGACUCUGUGAAUAUACACAGAGUUUGUAGUUAAUAUUAUGAUUUUAUUUAAAGUGUAUGGAGGAAAAACAAAAGAUGCUGAAGUACAUUCACAGCACAUUUCCUCAUUUUUUAGGCAAAACCUUGUGACUCAAUGUGUUUCAAAUUCUCAGUCGUACAUUUACAAACGAUAGCAGUUUUUUGCUAUUGAAGCAAAAUUGAGCUGGUUUCUUCUUUCCCUAAACCUUUCUCUCCCCUUCCUUUCCUACUUCCCUUAUCUUUUAAAAGGUACAAUCGCCUUUCUUUUCCCCCAGUUGCAUUCCUGGGUGAAAUAUUUUCUGUUGAGUGAUUUGGUUAGGAAAACACUAUCAUUACAGUUUAAGUCAUCAGUAAUUUUAAUUUUACAGUAUGUACUUUCUUUGAAGGAUCAAAAAGUAUUGAUACUGUGAUUUUUAAAUUCUUUACAUGGGUGUCUUCAUUCUGUCUUCACUUCUGACACUAGAAUAUUGGGAUUGCAAAACAGAAUUACAGCUGUCUAAGAAUAAUAAAUUUUACCACAGUUUUACAGUUAAGAAAGGUGCACAGAAGACAGUAAUGAAGUAAUUAAGAGAGAAUCUGGGAUGUACAUGGAAUAUGUUAGAACCUCUUUUUAAUUGCCAUGUGCCAUUUUUUCUCUCUUCUUUUAUUCACAAAUGCCAAAUAGAAAAGUCAUAGACACUACAUUUUCUCCAGUGACUACAGCCUGAAACAGUGUUUUUCUCGGUUGUGUGGGUGUUUUUUCUUAAGUUAGAGCUUUUCUAAGUGUUGUUUUUCCACAGUAGAAAAAUUAUUUUUAUUGUACAAAAUUCACGUUGCCAAAUCUGGCUUUUUAUAAAACCAAUGCUCUUGAAACAUAAGAUACUGAUUGAAAUGCCAAAUGGAUGGGCUGGGGACUGACCUGAUAGAAUCAACUGCCAAAUGAUUAACACACACAAUUUCAGCUCAUGUUCCCUUUUUUUAGAAAAUGUACCAUUUUCUAAUGCCAAAACCAACAUGUAAGUGAAUAUGCUAUGAGGUGUACCAUGCACCUGCAUGUAGUCUAGUAAUUCAAAGACAGUUUAGAUCUGUCAUUUUGUCAGUUAUGACAUGAGUUUGUUUUCUGUAAUAAUGUCAAGGCACCUUCAGUUGUAUUACAAGAAGUCAUUGCUGAGAGAUCACAUUCAGGAACUUUUCUGGAUAACGUUGAUUGUUGAUUGAUUCACAGGCAUUUGAUAGGCUUUCAUGCAAAACAGCCUUUCUCAAUGUUCUUUAGAAGAGAUUUAUAAAUGUAAAUGAAGCAGUGAGAAAAUAAUUAUUGAAAUUUAAAUGUGCAAUUUUUUAAAAACAAAAGUGCAGCAUACAUUGAUGAGCCUUUAUUCUGCAGCUUAGGUUGAAAGGUGUUUUUUGACCAGGUGCACGAUUGCUAGCGAGAAAACUCUAUAGGGUUCAGAUGUGAUUGGAUUAUCUAUAAUGCCAACUGGCACUAGAGUGCACUUAAAACAAAAACAGCUGCCACAUAGCAGUGGAUGGGAGGUGGAAAAAAGAAUGGCUUAUUAGUUGAUUACCAAAGUUAACAAUAAAUACUAAUGAGAUGUUUUUCAUCCUUAACCCUCUCAAAUCCAGAAGAACGAUAAUAAGAAGAGUUGCUAUUUUUUGCUCCCUCUUAAAACACCUUGUAAUUUAAAACUGGUUGUAGGUAUAGUGCAAUUAUGAAUGCUAUAAUCAUUGUACAUACAUAUAUAUAUAUAUAUAUAUAUGGCAGCAUCCAUAUUGGCUUUGUAAUCAUUAAUUUUUGGCAAAUUGAAUGUGCUGUAUUGAUAUGUAUCUAUGUAAUUGUAUUGUAUGUCUUAUAGCUAAUUCACAUUUUAAAUAAUGUUAUUUUAUUUACUUUUUUAAGAGAGAAGAAUGUAAAUUUUGUCAGUUUAUUUCUGACUAGGGAUUUGUUGUUGUUUUUAUUUACAAAACAAAAUACUAUAGUACAGAGCGGUACUAGCAUCGUGCUGUAUAAAAUCAUUUGCACAUUCCUGAGUAGAAGUAAAUUGGAGACACCAAGACAGAGAUGAUUCACAUUCAAAACAAUGCUCAAAUCUUGUCAGGGCUUUAUACAGCUGUAGAAAACAAUCCUAUUAGAAGAACUUGUGCCAUUAUAUCUUAUAUUGGAACAUAAGCUUUAAAUAGAAAUUUAAUUUUUUAAUUGACUGAUUCGCAUUACAUUAUUUUCACUAUUCUAAUAGCUUUAUUGGAAAAGUAAAUUCAGAGAUAUUUCAAACCAUUGUACAUAAGUACUAAUGCAUAUAUGCUGUUGCCCUAAAAAUACCAUGAUAAAAUGCAUCAGAUCAGUUUUUCAGAAACUGCAGAAACCUUAGGUAUAAAAACAACAACCAAAAAGUCACUAUUGUUAAAGAUUUUAAGGAGUUAAAGUGUUUUAUUUAAUUAAACUAAAGCAGGUAGAUCUAGAUUAUAAAAAGUGACACUGACAUUCUUAAUAGGGGAUCAGAGCAGUGACUCUUUCUUAUAUACAGCUUAACAAAAUUGGUCCUGAUCAUGCUAUAAAUGCAACAGAGCUUCUGUUUUCACAGUUCCACUGUUGAUAAUAUCCCUUUUAUUAACCUGGGAGUACAUUGCCCACCUUUGAUUCAGUGCUAUAAAUGGAACUGUAACCAAA